UCAAUAUUAAAAAAUAUAUAUUUUUGAAAUAUAAAAAGGAAAUAACAUGAAUAGAAGCCAUUCUCUUCGCCAUGGAAGACCUACAUCAGGGAGUUCACGUACAAAUGGACAUAGAUUUACAUUCUUAAGUUUAAGAGGUCAUGCAACUCAUACAAGCCUUCCAAAGCUUAUUAAGAUGGAAAAUAAUUUAGUUUCAGCAUACGAAACAGCAGGACGAGAGCAACAAACAGUUGCGUUACAAUUAUCACAAUGGGGGGAAGAAACGGGAGAUGAUGCUAUUGGAGAUUUAAGUGAUAAGGUGGCAGUUAUUCUUUCAGAAAUAGGAGAUAUUGAGGAAAAUCAUGCAAGUCAAAUUGAUGAUUCACGAAGAGUAUUAAAAACAAUUCGUAAUAUUGAAAAUUCAGUACAACCAUUAAGAGAUGCAAAACAAAAAUUAAUAGAUCAAAUUGUCAUGUUAAAGCAUAAAGAUCCAGAAUCAAUUAAAUUGAUUGAGCAAGAACAAAAAUUGGUUCGUUUGGAAGCGGAGAAUCUUGUAGCUGAAGCACAAUUAACCCAUGUGUCUCGACAAAAAUUAAAAGAGGCAUAUAAUAUGUAUUUUUCGUCAGUUCAAGAGCGAGCAGAAAAACAACGUCUUUUAUCACAUUAUGGCCGCAAACUUUUAGAUUUAUUAGAUGAUACCCCGGUAAUUCCAGGAGAUGCACGUAUUGCAUAUGAAUCAGAAAAAGAAGCAAAAGAGCUUCUUUUAGAAGCAGAAGAAGCGUUACAUUCGUGGCGUCCAGGACAAUUAUCUUACGAAAGAGAACAUAUAUCAAACAAUAAUUUAGUAACGGAACAAAGUCAUAACAAUUUUCGAAAACCUGAUUUGUCUACGGUAGCUGUUAUUAAACAUGAAACGAAUGAAGAAACUGAAAAAUCUAUAUCUUUAGCAUAAUGUCAUAUCAAGAAUGUUUAAUUGAUUUUAUAAAUAUAAAACAG